AAAAAAAGAAGAAGAAGCAGAAGAGGAAGAAGAAGAAGAAGAAGGAAAAAAAAAUUUAGGAAGAGAAAACGAAAGAGAGAGAGAGAGAGAGAGAGAGAGAAAAAAAAUAUUAUCCUCUACACCUCGAGCUAUCUCGACAAACAGUCGUUUCUGUCGAGUCUAAUCUCAACGAACGAAUCAUCAUCUCGUGAUCAUCGAUAAUUCAAAAUAAUAAUGUCGGAAGAACGUAACAGUACGAUGACCUCGGAAGUUUCCAAAAUGGCAAGUAAUACCGUCGAUACUUCCAAAGUUUCAUUUAGUAUCGAAAGAUUAUUAGCGCCUAUCGUGAAAUCAAAUAACGAGGAGAACAAUUUAUUGGAGAGGGCACAUUUUUCUUUACGCGUAUGCGAUCCAAAUGACUCAGAAACGAAGAUAGUUGUAACACCCGAUUCGUCAGUUUCAAUGGCGGAAGAAAUUGAGCUUGAUGAUACUGAUAUGGUUUGUUCCACUUCGCCUGAGCCAGAAAUGUGUUAUGAGGCGUGUACAAGCAGUAGCGGAGCCAAUUCAACAACAGGUGCGGAAAGGGAGAUUCAAGAAAGAACUGCCAGCACGAUUAGCGACGAUGAGAGAAAGAAGAGACCACGUACUGCGUUCACAGCUGCACAAAUAAAGUCAUUAGAGGCUGAAUUUGAAAGGAACAAGUACUUAAGCGUAGCGAAGAGAUUACAACUUAGCAAGACUUUGAAACUUACCGAGACUCAGAUUAAAAUAUGGUUUCAAAAUAGGCGAACCAAAUGGAAAAGAAAAUAUACGAAUGACGUUGAAUUAUUGGCACAACAAUAUUAUUCGAGCUUGGGUAUACCCGCACCAAGGCCAAUUUUCGUUGGAGAUCGUUUAUGGUUCUUCAAUUAUCCAACGCAAUCUCAACCGGGUGCUACAUUUUUCCCGCAACAUUUGACGCCAUUGCCUUUACCACCUGCUUUACCAAUCGUACAACCAUUGCCUAGUAAUUUGCCAACGGGACAACAAUCUCCUAUAUUUCAUAAUGUACCAUUAAGUCAUCCUAAUCAUCAUCUUACACAGAGAUUAGAUUUUAGGCAUCAGGAACCUUAA